AUGUCAGAUGAUAAAGGCUUACUAGAAUACCUUCCAAUCUAUUCAUUUCUCUUUCCGAAUGAAAAAGGGUCUAGUUUAUAUAAUGCUUAUAACCAGGAUGAAGUGGAUAAUAAAUUGGUUAUCAAAAUUGACCAAGAUGAGGAUUGUGCCCCAAAGUUUUCUGUUGCAGAUGAUAUUUCAGAAGUAUAUGGCCUACCCGAGAUUCAUAAAUGUAUUAAUGACCAAAACCCUUUAAGAGCUGUGAUAAAUAUAGAUGCCUCACAGGAAGAUAUGGAAAUAUCUGGUGUUAAGACACAAGAAGUAUUCAUUCGAAUCUGCUUUUCUUUCAUAAGAGCUUUGUAUCAAAUUCUUGAAUAUACUUGGGAGGAAAUUCUCGAAGGAUUAAUAAUUGCUACAUCAUCAGAUUCUAGCAAAUGUAGCUACCAUAUUUUAUAUGUACCAGCUCUUCUUAUUGAUCAUCGUGAACUCAAAGCAUUCACAGAAUUAGUAUAUACCUUAACUGGAGAAAAAUUCGGCAAGUUUAUUGAUCGGAAAUUACCUGGUUAUAACUUUAACCUUCAUCUUAUCGGUUCAGCAAAAAAAGGUCGUAUAAAGAAAAUUCUUCAAUUCUCACUAGAUAAUGGGUGGAAUGAAUUCAAUCACGCUAGAGUUCAACCACCUACUAGCUUAGGGCUUGAAGAUGUAUUACAGAAAUUCACAAAUCUAGUUUUGCAAAAAUAUUCUAACUAUCUUAGAGAUUGGACUAUCGAAGAAAAGAAAGAGACAAAAGAAAACUUCGUCAAGGUUCCGGGUUUCCCUAAAGCCUUCUUAAAAUUCCCAUCUUGGGUCAAGUACAAUGAACCUCUUUCAGAAACUGGAAAAACCUAUGUUCUUAAACAUCUCACUAUUUCUGAUGACGUAAAUUUGCUUGUAUUAUCCACGUGUUACUCUUCUUCUAAUGCUGUUACUACAAGACUUAAUCUCAAAUUAUAUUGCGAUAUUGAUGAGUUAAGGAUCAAGAAAUAUCAUGGUAAAUCUGAUCCAGUAGAAAAGGCUCAUGACUUCAGUAACGUGAAAGAAACAUGGAUGGAUGUAGAUCUAGUGGCAUAUACUAGUACUCUAAAAAUAGGAGUAUCAUGCACUAAUCCAAAAUUUGAGUGGGCAUUCUGUCUUUUUAAUAGCUUUAUAGAAACAAAUGCUGGAACGAAUCAAAUGUUAUUCCACAUGCGAUGUAUUAAGGAUUAUAUAUGUCAUAUUGAGCAGAGAUCUUCUAACGUUUCCAUUAUAGAAAAGGAAUUAUUUCAGUGGUUAUUAAAUGCUAAACGUGAAUGUCUUCCACAAGAACUUCAGAAUAGAGGAAUUUUUUCAGAUAUUGAUUCUAUUAUCCGGAAUAAAGAUGUGCCAACCAUUCGAUUAUGGGUAGCAUUCAUAUUAGAGAAAUUCCGUUCUCAACGAUUAUUUGGUUGGAGAAUGAUCGAUUUUCUCAAAGAGACAGAACCUAUUUCUAAGUCUGAUGAAAACAUUAUAUCAUUAUCUCAAGCUGUGAAGGCAAAUUCCUCUAUCAUUAAAGCAGAGGAGAUAUCAGAUAUAUCUAAUGUUACUAUUCUCGAUCGUGAAACUGCAGAAUUUUUAGAGAAUAAACCAAAGAAGACUUUAGACAAGAUGUGGUCUCUAGAGUGA